AUGGUAGCCAAAGAGUCCUACGACGGCCCUGCGGCGAGGAGCGGUUAUGGCGACAGCGAUGUGGUGGCUGUCAAUAUAGACGAGACCACCGUUGCUGAUUGGACAGAGGCUGAGGAGCGUGCUGUGAAACGCAAACUUGACCUUAUUCUCCUGCCCAUCCUCGCUCUCGCCUUCUUUGCGCUGCAAAUGGACCGAGGAAACAUUGCGAAUGCAUUGACAAGCACUAUAACGAAAGACCUGGGAAUCGAUACGAAUCAGAUCAAUGUCGGUAACAGCCUACUCUCCGCGGGCAUCGUACUCCUGGAGAUCCCGUCCAACAUCUUGCUGCAGCGCAUUGGGCCCAAGACAUGGCUAUCGUGUCAAAUCUUGGCCUGGGGGCUUGUCUCGACGUUCCAGAACUUCAUCACCAACUACGCAGGGUUUCUGACCACACGGCUUCUCCUCGGCUUGUGCGAGUCUGGCUUCAUCCCCGGCGCCCUGUAUACAAUGUCGACGUGGUACAAAAAGUCAGAGACUAGCCUGCGGGUGUCUAUAUUCUAUCUCGGCGGCAUCCUGGCCGCGGGGGUCACCACCCUCAUCGGCGCCGGGAUUCUGACCAUGGGCGACCGCUACGGCGUUGCUGGCUGGCGAUGGCUGUUCAUCGUGGAGGGCUCUAUCACCAUCGCCAUCGGCAUCAUCUUCACCCUUCUUCUCCCACCGUCAGUGGAUAACGGCUCUCCGCUGAUCAGCCUGGGUCGUUGGUCGUACUUCACGGACCGGGAGUCGUACAUUCUGGUUCGACGGGUGUUACUGGACGACCCGGCCAAAACGACCGGCCACCUGCGCAUCUCGAGCCGCGACGUCUGGACCACAGUAUGCAAUCCCCGCGUGCUGGGCCACUUCUUCGUCACGCUAACGGCCACGAUGGCCGUCACGCCGAUCAACACGUACGGGCCCAGCGUUAUCAAGAGCCUGGGCUACGACACGAUUCGCGCCAACGCCAUGGCCAGCGUCGGCGCCUUCAUCGCCCUCAUCAUGGCCCUGAUGCUGGGCUGGCUGGCCGACCUCACCAGCCGCCGCGGCCCCCUGGUGGUCAUCCCCGCGCUGUGGACCCUGAUCUCGUUUGCGUGCCUGCGCGAGAGCUCGACCUGGAGCAGCGGGCGGAGAUACACAGCCGUUGUGUUCUCCAUGGCUGUCAGCUCUGUCGUGCAUGUCCUGAAUAUUGGCUGGCUCUCUGUAAACUGCCGCCGCCCGCAGGAGAGGAGCAUUGCUAUGGCUAUGGUCGUCAUGUCGGCCAACGCAGCCGGGAUCGCAGGGAGUCAGAUCUUCAGGACCGAAGACGCUCCGCAGUACCGCAAAGGAUUCACGGUGUGUUUAGCGCUCAGCGCGGUUGUGGUGGUUCAGAUCAUCGUGCAGAGUGUGUGGUACUUUCUGAGCAAUAAGAGGUUGGAGAAGGUCGGCGGCGGCCUCGUGGUCAAAGGGGAUACACAGACAACUCUUGAUGGUCACCGAGAGGAACUGGUGCGCAAGUGGUGGUGGAUAUGGUAG